AUAGUCAGUAAACAAGACGCUCUUGCCAUUAUCAAAAUCUAUUUGUUAAACAUAUUGUUAACCGUAUUCGGAUAUCAUCAUGAGUUGCCUGCGGGAGAUGCACCUCGAUGAUCUGUUUAAAUUCAACACGUUAGUCUUCGAUCCAUUCACCGAGGUGUAUCGCCUCAGCUUCUUCAUUCGCCACCUAGCCCAGUGGCCCGAACUGGCGCUGGCCGCCCUCACCCCCCAGGGCCAACUUGCCGGCUUCAUUUUUGGCAAGUGCCAACCCGCCACGGAUGCCACUAACCUGCAUGGCCACGUUUGCGCGCUGACCGUCGAGUCGCGCUCUCGCCGCCUGGGCGUCGCCUCGCUGCUCAUGAACCACUUUGCGCACAUGCUGGACCUGAAGAAUGCCUGGUAUGUGGAUCUCUAUCUGCGCUGCAGCAACCUGGCCGCCUACCAGCUCUACUGCGCCCUCGGCUACUGUCUUCGCCGCGUCCUGCUAGAGUACUACCCGGGCGAUCCCGGUGAGAAUGCCUACGACAUGCGGAAGCCGCUGGCCAUAGACGUCCUCGGCCACUCCCUGCUGGUCGCCAGUAAGCAGUCGGUGCACCUGCCCAGCGACGAGGAAAGCGACGACGAGUACAACUAGGGCGUCUUAUUCCCCCUUUUUGUAUCUGUCUAUUUUUUUCUGCUUCUUGUAUUUAUAUUUUCUUUUCGGCAUUUCAUUUCAUAUCUCCCGACGUUUCAGCUAAUUAAGUAAAAUAUUCAAUUGCGCUAUAAUUAAGUUUCCGCUGACGCACAAGAACUAAACUACAAAUUUAAGAUGUAUAA